AUGGCGUCUCGGUCCCGACUCACACGCGCCUUGACGAGGGCGGAGAAGGCCGGCGUGUCGGCGGCUCUCUCACGGCCGAGUCCUUUGUCUUUCUCUGUUGCUGCUGCUGCUGCGCGCCGCAUCACCACCACGGUACCGAGGCACUUCAGGCCCUCCGCUGCAGGACACGGGAAGUUUACGACCGACUCGUAUCCCGAAAUAAAGAGAGACCCAAGAUUCUCAGAACUCACCCCUGACCAUGUCGCUCACUUUAAGAAGGUGCUGGGCAGUGAAGCCGCCGUCAUCGACGCCGUCACCGAUGGAGCCACUGCCGAGGACCUGGAACCCUUCAAUCUCGAUUGGAUGCGUAAAUACCGAGGCCACUGCAGGCUGGUUCUGAAGCCUGCAUCGACCGAGGAGGUCAGCCAGGUCCUCAAGUACUGCAACGACAACAUGCUGGCCGUCGUUCCACAGGGUGGCAACACCGGCCUGGUUGGAGGGUCUGUUCCCAUCUUUGAUGAGAUAGUCAUCAAUACGAGCCGGAUGAACCAAGUGCGCUCAUUCGACGAUGUCAGCGGAGUCCUUACCGUCGACGCGGGUGCCGUGCUCGAGGUCGUUGACAACUACCUGGCAGAAAGGGGCUACAUUUUCCCUCUCGACCUGGCCGCUAAGGGUUCAUGCCACAUUGGAGGCAACGUUGCCACCAACGCGGGAGGUCUGCGGCUCCUUCGCUACGGGAGCUUGCAUGGGACCGUACUGGGUGUUGAGGCUGUCCUCCCCGACGGCACUAUCGUGGAUGACCUUUUCAAGCUGAGGAAGAACAACACCGGUUACGACAUCAAGCAGCUGUUCAUCGGCGCAGAGGGUACCAUCGGCAUCAUCACCGGUGUCUCAAUCCACUGCCCCCAGCGAUCAAAGGCAGUGAACGUAGCAUUCUUUGGAUUGGAGUCGUACGAGAAGGUCCGGGAGGCCUUCCGGGAGGCCAAGGGGCAGCUCUCUGAGAUAUUGUCGGCAUUUGAGCUCAUGGAUGCCGAGAGCCAGCAGCUUGUCAAAAAGGUCACCAAGAACAGUUUUCCUCUGGAGAACGAAUACCCAUUUUACUGCCUUAUUGAGACCAGCGGCUCAAACGCGGAGCACGACAAUGAGAAGCUGGAGGCUUUCCUCGAGGACGUCAUGACCAAGGAAAUUGUAUCAGACGGCGUUGUGGCACAGGACCAAACCCAGCUCAAAUCACUCUGGGGCUGGCGGGAGGCCAUCUCCGAGAGUUCGGCCGCAUUCGGCGGCGUUUACAAAUACGACGUCUCAAUACCCCUGAAGUCCCUGUACCAGCUGGUAGAGGACACCAAACAGAAAAUCCAGGCCGCUGGCCUCAUGGGCGAGACCGACGAGUACCCUGUCGUCGAUGUCGUUGGCUAUGGCCAUAUGGGUGACUCCAACCUCCACCUCAACGUCUGUGUGCGGCGUUACGACAAGGAGGUCGAGAAGGUGUUGGAGCCCUACGUUUUCGAGUGGAUCAAGGAGCACGAAGGCAGCAUUAGUGCUGAGCAUGGUCUUGGUUUGGCGAAGAAGAAGUUCAUCGGCUACAGCCGCAGCGACAACAUGAUAGGCCUGAUGAAACAGAUCAAGGACCUAUACGAUCCGAACGGGAUCAUGAAUCCAUAUAAGUACAUUUAG